AUGCCUGAUAUGAGUUGGGCUUAUAAAAUAAAUAGAAUAUACCAUGAGGACAGCAAUGGUGAUGUGACGAUGGAUUACACAGACGAGUCAGUGGAUGAAGACAAUGCAUUAGAGACCUUUAUAGUUACGAAUCAAGUUGUAGAGCAUGUAGUAGCAGAAAACAAUGACCAGGAAGUUAACUUGCACAUGAAAUACGCUCCAACUUCGUUAAAAAGACGUAGAGAGAUCUCAUUGGAUGAUGAAGAACAGGAAAAAGGGAAAAUGUUGGUUAAGUAA